AUGCCCGCGUGGGAACACGAACAGGCGAACCGACAGGGCUCUGGGAGCUCUGGGAAUACGAGCUGGAUCUCACAAGAAACUGUACGGAAUAGUGAUGGGUCUCGACGGCCCAGAAACCAAGCCUCGCCCAACGGUCGCAAUACCGAACCCUUUCCAGGGACGCUGAUGGAGAAGUCUGCGUCUGCUCAAGGAAACAGAAUUGACUGGGAACGUUCGGCGUGGUCUUGGAAAAGCAGCUCCCCUGAUAUUUCACCCACUGAAGAACGAAAAGGCUCAGGCUUCAGUAACCACCGCAAAGCUCUGGCUGUUCUUGGUGCCGACGAUGCUGCUCGAUCAUAUGCCCCAAGUCCGCGACCUGCCCCCAUCCAACCGUCCCGCUCCAUCCCAGACGACGAGACCGAAUCGAUUGCUCCCUGGGCCACAACCGCUGGUUCGGAAGGCCCCGGCACUUUCUUCCAUGAUUACUCCGAGCAUGAAGCAUCGCCUUCAUCAGCUACUUUCCGGCCUCUUACGGGAAGAACGUUCGCUAGCGAGCCGGCCGAGUUGGACUACACACCGGAGACUCGGAGACCGUCUACGGCUAGUAUGACCAGCGGUGGUAGCCAAGGAUCCAAGUCAAGUACUAGCCACAAGCCAUGGAAAAAGAAACCGAAGGGCUUGCCUGCCGAUGAAUAUCCGAUUCCAGACGACAUUGAUGACAGCCAGCUGAAUCCUUACAGUCUCCGAGGGCCGAUCAACCACCUGAAAGCUCGAGAAAGGGCCAACUCUGAUGGAUCUGAUGGAUCGCGACCCACGCGACCGAGAGGACUAGAAAAUCAAUUGCCUUCUAGUGAUAUCACACCAUGGGUUUAUCAAAGCUUUAAUGACAUCCCUCAAUAUGGUGAAGCUCCGGUCCGCAACCGACCAAUCGGGCCUGACGGCAAGCGUCUUGAUAUCGGCAGUGGCACUAGUACAGCCCGUUCUGGGACAAGAGAUAGCCAUCGAAGAGCUGCCAAUGGUCACAGGCACUCUCGAAGCAAGGAGGAAAAGACCACCAUGGCUGGCGAUCUUGCUGAAUACCAACAUCGUCCUUCCACAGGUCGAGACGACUUCUCCGUGGGGUUGAAACCUUUGGGUGACAACUACCUCAGUUCAUCGACGGGGACACUCGGUGGUCGAUCUACAAGCCCUACCCCGAGUGUUCAAAGUGCCAUUUAUCGCGAGAGCGGUCAAAGUUCACCCGGUGGUGUACCCAAUAAACGUGGUAUCCUGCACCGGAUUCGACACCUGAAGCCUGGUUCGCACAAACCGUAUGAGAGAUCAAAGCGUGAUGCGUCUCCAAAUCGCCGCAGACAGGGAAGCAUUGAAGGGACUUCUACUCCUAAAUAUCCUGAACCAGGAGACCAGGGGCGAAAGGAGUCUGGGAAGGGUCUUGGAAUCGGUGCGCGAAAAUUUGGCCCUCGACGAGGCUUCAGUAAUCUAGCUGGAGACCCCCUAUCAUCUAAAGAUGGCCCAGGAGGAGGUGAAGAUGGCAAGCAUGUCUUCAAGCUGGACACUGACCUUGGGGAUAUGCAUGAUAUCCUUCGUUCAGCGUCUCCUGCACGUGUCAAGCAAAUUACGGAUGGCACAACUACCCCUCGUGAGGAUCCAAAUAAACUGGAUGGGAUGCAGCAAGAUAGCUGGCAUGCGCCCGAUAGUUGGCAUGUGAAAAGGCCCCAAGAUCUAGCUUUGGAAGCUGCGGAGAACCCAUCCCUGUCCACCAGUGGCGUUCGUGAGCGUGAGGGGUCUUUCUUCAUCCGUGUUUUCCGUAUCGAUUCGACUUUCGCAACGCUCUCGGCAAAUUUGAAUGCCACCGUGGCAGAGAUCCUCUUCAUGCUUGGGCGAAAGUCAUUCUUGCAGGAUCAUCUCAACAAUUAUGAGAUAGUGCUGCGCAAGAACGAUUUGUCGCGCCAACUUGACCACAAAGAGCGACCGAUUUUGAUGCAAAAACAACUCUUAGAGCAGAUUGGAUACACGGACAAGGAUAGGAUUGAGGACAUUGGGAGAGAAGACCACAGCUAUCUAUGCCGGUUCAUUUUCCUGCCCACAAAGUUGAGCGGCUAUACCAGUCUCGAGGCAGACCCUGGGUUCAACAAGAUGAACAAAUUCAGUCAUGUUGAUCUCCAGGGGCGAAGCCUGGUCACAAUCCCAAUCACCCUGUACAAGAAAUCGUCUGAGAUCAUUUCCUUAAACCUGUCAAGGAAUCUUUCGCUCGAUGUCCCAAAGGAUUUCAUCCAAAGCUGCAUCAAUCUUCGAGAAAUCAAAUUCAUCGGCAACGAAGCUUCACAAAUUCCGUCAAGUUUCAGCCUGGCGAGUCGAUUGACUUUCCUUGAUGUGUCGAACAAUCUUCUGGAUGAUCUGGAGCAUGCACAUCUUGACCAGCUCAAAGGUCUUGUCAGUAUCAAGAUGGCUAACAACCAGUUGACAAGUCUCCCUACCUAUUUUGGGAGCUUUCACUACCUGCGAAGCCUGAACUUGUCAUCGAAUGGCUUCAAAGUGUUCCCGGAAUUCAUAUGCGAACUACGAAGCUUGGUGGAUCUGGACAUCAGCUUCAACAGCAUUGAAGAAUUGCCUAACAUUGGCCGUCUUACCACGCUCGAACGCCUAUGGAUGACAAACAAUAAUAUAAGUGGCACUCUUGAUGAAUCGUUUCAGAAUAUGGUCAAUCUCAAAGAAAUCGAUGGACGGUUCAAUUCAAUCUCCAACAUCGAUAGUUUGUCAAGUCUUCCUCGCCUUGAGCAGGUUUUGUUUGGACAUAAUCUGAUCUCACGGUUCCGGGGCGCUUUCCCUAAGCUGCGCAGCUUCCAUUUGGACCACUGCCCCCUUACGCAAUUUGAUAUUGACUCUUCAAUGCCCACCCUCACAUCUCUGAACCUUGCAUCCGCCAAGCUAUCUCAGUUCCGUGAUGCCAUGUUCGAAAACAUACCGAACAUCACAAAGCUCAUUCUGGACAAGAAUCACCUGUCGUCCAUUUCGCCUCAGAUUGGCAAGCUGCGUCGACUAGAGCGUCUCAGCAUCAUCAAAAAUCCUCUUGCUUCACUGCCUCCUACAAUCGGGUGUCUCGUGGAACUGAAAGAGUUCAAUCUGCGGGAGUGCAACCUGGCCUCUCUCCCCGAGGAAAUUUGGCAUUGUUAUAAACUUGAGACACUCAACGUCUCGACGAACUUGCUAUCAACAUUCCCCAAGCACGGCGCCCCACCACCUCAGAUACCUGGUGAACCUACUACCACUCCCGCAACAACCCCUGCUAUAUCUGGUACACCUACCUUCGAGGACUUAGGCCCAAUUAAUGAGCCUACUCUACGUCGCCCAAGCCAAAACUCUGGCGGAGCUGUCGUAGCCGGUACCCCUCCAAGCACUUCCCUACGGAAUCCCUCCAUCGCUCCAUCUGCAGGGCAGAACCGGAAAGUUUCGACUGCGUCUCGCUCUGCAAACACUGACGCCAGCUCAGCUUCACGAAAGGAUUCGAACUUUUCUCAACAUGGUGCAUCCCAGACGUUUGCCCAAUCCCUUCGGAACCUGCUCCUCGCCGACAACCGGCUGGAUGAUGAUAUUUUCCGCGAGCUUGCUCGGUUGCCCGAAUUACGCGUCGUAAACCUGUCGUAUAACGAACUAACAGAGCUGCCUCAAGGUCUACUGAAACGAUGGCCGUUGAUUUCUGAGCUUUACUUGUCUGGCAAUGAAUUGACCUCCCUUCCUUCUGAUGACCUGGAAGAGGGCAGUAACCUGAAAGUUCUCCACAUCAACGCGAACCGAUUCCAGGUCCUCCCUGCCGAGCUGUGCAAGGUCAGCAAGCUCUCUAUCCUUGAUGUUGGAAGCAAUGGCUUGAAGUACAACGUGUCGAACUGGCCUUACGAUUGGAACUGGAACUGGAACCGAAGCCUGAAGUACUUAAACUUUUCGGGCAACAAGCGCUUGGAGAUCAAGCCCAACAUAGCCUCGUUAGGACCGACUUCGACGAAUGGCACUGAUUUGACCGAUUUUGCCUCCUUAACGCAUCUCCGCGUUCUUGGAUUGAUGGAUGUGACGCUUACCAUCCCCACUAUUCCCGAAGAGCAUGAGGACCGCCGUGUGAGAACGUCUGCCUCUCUUGCAGGAUCACUUGCCUAUGGAAUGGCGGAUACGCUUGGCCGGACCGAGCAUCUGUCAAUUAUUGAUAUGAUCGUCCCAAGGCUAAAGCCUGACAAUAUCGAAACUUUGGUGGGUAUGUUCGAUGGUCAGAUAAUGUCAAGCGGCGGUUCUCGGGUCGCGAAAUACUUGCAUGAACAUUUUACCCCGACGUUUUCCCACGAGCUCAAGAAGCUCCAGCGCGAUCAGGAUGAAACCCCGUUGGAUGCCCUCCGGCGGACGUUCUUGGCAUUGAAUAAGAAUAUGGCAGGCUCUGCCUACCGGUCAAUCGAUGAUCGUGAGCUUCGCCAGUACCACCGUGGGUCCAGUGCCUCGAAACAGCUCAACCAGGAUGACAUACUAUCUGGUGGUGUCGCUACUGUGUUGUAUCUGAACAACAUGGAUCUGUAUGCUGCGAAUGUUGGCGACGCACAGGCAAUCCUCGUCAAAUCGGAUGGCUCUCUCCGAUACCUGACUCAAGUCCAUGACCCUGCUGAAGCAAGCGAACGUGCCCGCAUUCGAGCAGCCGGAGGCUUUGUUUCUCGCAAUGGAAAGCUGAACGAUACUCUUUCUGUUUCACGAUGUUUCGGUCACUUCCCAAUGAUGCCAGCCGUCAUUGCAGCACCUUCUACAAUGCACACCACCUUGAGCGAGCAAGAUGAGAUGAUCAUUAUCGCAUCAAAGGAGCUCUGGGACUAUGUGACGCCUGAACUGGUAGUGGACAUCACAAGAGCUGUGCAUCCAGAUCUUAUGUUCGCGGCCCAAAAGCUCCGGGAUCUUGCCAUCUCGUUUGGUGCGACGAACAAGCUGAUGGUCAUGAUCCUCGGCGUGAGCGAGCUCCAGAAGCGCCAGAAGAAGUGGCCUCGCCCUAGCAUGUCCCUUGGCCCGUCCGCAUUCCCUGAGGAGCAAAUCAUGCCGACCAAGGCUCGCAAGAAGACUCGUGAUAUUCCUGGAGAUUCUCGCCUCGCACGGUUCGACUACGUGGAAGCUCCCAUCGGCGAAUUAGCCAUCAUUUUCACUGAUAUCAAGAAAUCAACGGGCCUGUGGGAGACUUGCCCUGAUGCAAUGCGCUCGGCCAUUCAGAUCCACAAUGAUAUUCUGCGUCGACAGCUUGGAAUUAUCGGUGGGUAUGAAGUCAAGACUGAAGGAGAUGCGUUCAUGGUUGCAUUUGCGACCACCACUGCCGCGUUGCUGUGGUGUUUCAACUGCCAAACCCAGCUCCUUGAGGCGGAAUGGCCCACUGAAAUCCUCGAGCAGCAGCAGUGCCAAGUCGUUUAUGAUAUGGACAAUAACAUUAUCUUUCGCGGCCUUUCCGUCCGAAUGGGAGGCCAUUGGGGUGAGCCAGUGUGUGAGAAAGAUCCCGUUACCAACCGGAUGGACUACUUCGGUCCUAUGGUGAACCGGGCGUCUCGUAUUUCUGCAGUCGCAGACGGUGGUCAGAUCUUUGUCUCCUCUGAUUUCAUGACGGAUAUCUCGCGGAAUCUCGAGGUAUUCGCAGACACGGAGCGCUCGGCGUCGACUGAUUCGAAUAAUAGUCAGCCUCGAGUCGACAGCCUGGGGCACAACAUUCGUCGCGAGUUGCAGCAGCUCAAUAGCCAAGGUUUCGUGAUCAAGGAUCAGGGUGAGCGCAAGUUGAAGGGUCUUGAGAACCCUGAACCGCUUUAUCUUGUCUAUCCUCAUGCCUUAUCUGGUCGCCUCACGGCGCUAGAAGAGACAACGGAACCAGGCGGCACGGCGAAGGUCAAGCCUGGCUCGGAGCUUGAGCUGAAGACCGACGACAUCUGGCGUCUUUGGGAAGUCACUCUGCGCCUGGAGCGUAUUUGUGGUGCCCUUGAGACCCCCUCCAAGCCGCGACUCCGGGAACCCAAUGUUGCUUUGUUCCACAUGGUCAAGAAUCAUGGAGGCGAGCUGAACGAUUCGACGGUCUUAAGCCUGAUCGAUCAACAGGUCACUCGAAUUGAGGCAACUGUGAACACACUUGGCGUGCGACACAUGCUGCGCCCGUUCCGGUCAGGCGAUACUCUUGACGACCACGCCGUUCCGAUGGCGGAGGUCAUGCAGCAGCUGCAAACGCAACUUGCCGAGUACCGCGCGCUGAAGGAGCAGAUGGCCGGGGCUGCAGGCAUCCCCGGCGGACCGCCGCCUGCUCCGUACUGUCUCCCCAUGGACCAUACCCCGAGCGCCGGCAGUAACGCCACCCCCUCCCUGUCGACGUCCUCUUCCUUUCUUCACCUCGAUACACAAAAAAGCCCUCCAUUAUAA